CACGCACACUGUCACAUAGCGUGCGAAACGCGUGAGGGGUGGUGAUUCUACGACAAGUCUUGACAGCAGUGGGGGGGAUAUUUAGGGAUUUAGGGAUUCAGGGGAAAAUCUGCCUCGAUACAUAAACCGGAGUGCGAAGUGGGAACCACCGCCAAGCCAAGCAUUCGGGCUAUGUAUCGUGUAAAACGGGGUGGCAGAUGAAAGAGAAAUUAUUAUUCUCGGCGCGUUAUUUUUGCUCCGAUUUCCAUUGAAUGUGAUAUCGGUAUAGUGUCAGGUCCGUUUUUAAACACGAUGAGUAGUUCAUUUGAACGCGAUCCAAAGAAGAGACGAGUCAAACCCGUCGAUUCGGCCCAACAAUCAUUGCUUGAUUUCGAUUUGGGCGAGAGUUCGGAUGACAGCGAUUUCAGAAUCGAAGAUCAUUGUGAGGAGUCAGACGACGAUUCCGUUGACUCUCACGAUGUUGGAAAAGAUGAAGACGACGAUGAAUCAGAAGAGACCGAUGAUUCUCUCGAAGAACCUUUGGUUCGCGGAAAAGGGAUUGGUGGGAUGACGGUCUGUGAUGUGAUUGAACAAGCACGGCAACAAGCUGCCAAAGCUGGCCAAUUCGAUGAAAAAGUUGCUAAAGUUUUGAUCUGUUGCGGUUGUUUGGGAGACAGAAGCGACGAUAUUAAUGAAAUUGUUGAGUGCGAUGGAUGUGGGGUCACUGUUCACGAAGGCUGCUAUGGUGUUUCCGAUGUUGAGAGCUUUUCUAGCACCGAUUCACUUUGCCAGUCAGCACCAUGGUUCUGCGAAGCUUGUAGUGCUGGUGUUGACGAUCCUUCCUGUGAACUCUGCCCCAAUAAAGGUGGAAUUUUCAAAGAGACCGACGUCGGGAAAUGGGUUCAUCUUGUAUGCGCCUUGUACGUUCCUGGGGUUGCUUUUGGAGAGGUGGACCGUCUGGCAAGUGUAACAUUGUUUGAAAUGGCAUACAGCAAAUGGGGAGCGAAGCAGUGCUGCUUAUGCGAAGACGCUCGCUAUGCUCGAACUGGCGUCUGUAUUGAGUGUGAUGCAGGGAUGUGCCAUACAUACUUUCAUGUCACAUGCGCACAGAGAGAGGGCCUGCUAUCUGAAGCUCAUAGUGAAGAAGUGGACCAAGCGGAUCCAUUUUACGCGCACUGCAAACUACACUCAGAUAAAACAUUAGUUCGUCGACGCAGACGUAACUGGCUAGCUCUUCAGCUCAGAGCACAGUAUAGACAGCAGUUGCAUCUGCAACCUGAUCAUCUCGAUACUGAAGAACAGCGCAGAAUUCAAAGGAAGCUCGCAAAGCAUAGGCACAAGUACUUGGCUCAUAAGGCAUCAAGGCAACCACCUUGGGUACCUACUCAGAAAAUGCCAAGACUACUCACAACAUCAGCUUCUGCUUGUCGCCAGUUGGCAAAGAAGGCGGAAUUAAUGGGAGUUGAUACCGCAGCUUUAGAAGCUCAAGAGGCCCAGCUAGUCGCAUUGGUCGAUGUUAGAAAGAAAUGGCAUAUUCCUCCGGCGUUUAGUGUAGAAUUUAUCGGCUACUACCUUGAUCGGAAUCUCCGUGUCGCUGCAAUGAAACGAAGACUUCAAGAGCACUUGGACGUUAACUCACAGUUGUUGAAUGAGCAACAAAGACUAGAUAGAAAAUAUGAUGAAGUAACGAAGGAUAACGAAGAUCAAAUUCGCGUCAAUGUUACUUUGAAAGAAAAAAUUGAAAUGUAUCAUCAGCUGCUCCGAUCUUCGGGAUACGUUAAACCACUACCAUUAAUCGCAGACUUAGCUAAACCUAGGGUACCGACUACCCUUGGUACAGGACUUGGGGUGCCGACAGCUGCUGCAUUAAAAAUGGGAGUUGGUUUUCCCCUACCUGUAGGAAAAGGCGGCGAAGGUGGAAGAGAAGGUCGUGUAUUAAGUAGUCAAGCUCACGAUCAUAAUCACAAAGGUGAUCUAACACUAAGACACCAGUGCGGUAUUUGUCGAAGAUCAACGGAUCAGCACUUGCUUGCAAAAUGUGACACAUGCCACCUCCACUAUCAUCUUUCUUGUUUGAGUCCGCCUCUAGCACGCAUGCCAAAAAAAACUAAACUGAUGGGCUGGCAAUGUUCAGAGUGUGAUAAAGAAUCUUCUGGUUCAGAAGUUGAGCACGUCGAUACCUCAGCACCGCGCAAAUUGCGACAUUGUAAAGACGAGGCGAGCCCUUCUCUUACACCAUUACAAGAAACCCAUAUUCCAGUUGCACUUAGCACACCUACAACGUCGAAGAACAUUGUUAGUGCUGCUGCUGCAAGUGUUACUACAACACAAGAUGCGCCCACCACACCAAAAUUAACCAUAAAACCAAUGGGACCACAGCCUUCAUUCAUGGAACGAAUGCUGACGGAAACAAGUAUACCUCAGCAACAAUUAUCCAAUGUAAAUCUCACACCACGUGAAGGAUCCCCACAGUACAUGGUGGCAUCCGCCGAUGGCACGGAAGCUAUACCUCAAAGAAGCGGAAAGAAACGAAGGAGGGAAAAACAUAAGAGGUACACCCCUGAUCCAAUCACUGGUGUGAAACAGCGUAAACGUAAACAUAAGAGAAAGAGUUUAGAUGUAGAGAAUCCAGAGACCCAAGGUCAGCCAGAAGUACACAGAAGGAUCACCAUCAAGAUUAAACCAAUCCCGCGUCCAGAAGGUGACAUAGCGUCGGAAUCGAGCCCACAAAUGUUUGUGGCUACUUCUACAAGCACUGAAAUUACACCGCCACCGCCAGUCAAGCUCCCACCGCCACCUCCACCUCCGCCACCAACCGCUCUAUCAACGCCUACCACCACUCCGAGUAGCAGCAGUACCAACAGCAGACUCUCAUCUGGAAGUUUAAAAAAAGGGAAAGAAGCUGAUCUUCUUACACAGUGCGACGUCUGCAGUAUGCCUGGCACCAAUCAAAAUCUUGUUAGAUGCGAUGAAUGCAAGAAAUGCUACCACUUCACAUGUCUUGAACCGCCUGUAAAGAAAUCACCCAAGAGAAGAGGAUACUCGUGGCACUGUGCAGAUUGCGAUCCCAGUGCAUCAGAGUCAGAGAAUUGAAUAUCUACAACAAAAGGACUGCCGAAAUAUCCUUCCCAUAAGACAGCACCGAUAAGUUAAUUUGGUACCAUGUACCCUUGAUUAGCUAGCUAUAACAAAUACGAUAUCGCAUUCAUUUGAGUUCUUUUAUUUUUCAUUAUAGUUUAGUAUCAUAGAACGUCUUUUACCAACAUUAGACUAUUCAAAACAAAUAGUCAUAAGAAAUAAAAGAGGUGUGAGUUUUGGCAUGGAAAUUAUGCAAAGUUAAAAUCCAUUAUUUUUUAUUUCUAUUUCUAUGUGCAUUAGCCAUCUUCGGUAUAGGUUAUCGAAAUCAUUUUAUUGUUUGUAAAGUCGCUAGUUUUUGUUUCUAACUAGCUUGCUUCCGUCUUUUUAUUUUUUUUAAACUGAUUAUGGUUAAUUUUGAAGUAGUAUUUUUUCCAAUAUUGCCUAAUAUAUUACAGGUAAAAUGAAGUCACUUAUAAAGUUUCUUGUUUCUCAUGAAGGUAAUCAAAUAUAUGUAUACAUGAGUGUAUACAUUUUACUCGUAAUAGGUUUUGUUCUCACAUAUCAAUGUUUCUGUUUAUUAGGAAAAAUUCAUACUGCGGUAACAUACUCUGCAAAAAAGUUAAGCUCGCGAGUUUUUGCAAUAAAAUAAUUAUGUAUAUUUUCCAUAAAGUUAUUAGCCUAUGACGAAUUCCCAAUAACAAAAUUCAAUGAAUUCUGGUCAAAUUACUGUGAUGCGUUUCUUUAUCGAAAAUACAUCUGAAAAGGGUUCUGUGGAUUGAUUCUGCAGCUGUUUCGUAUGAAAUUUUUGAGAUCAUGUAAAAAAUUGAAGAUAAAUUAUGUGUGACUCCAUUAUUCAGAUGUAGAAAGUGCACUCUAUGAACAACCGAAUAAUUUGCGAAAUCUAAGCUCAAAAGCUGUUUCUCGCAAUAACAAUCAUUUUUCAAUAAAUUCCAAAUUGAAUCGAGGUUUUGAGAAAAAUUAGUACUCUUAGGUCGGUAACGUAACUCUGUGCAUAAAACUUCUUAGCUUCUUUCAUUUUCUGGAAGAAUUAACAAUUUCUUAAACACACCGAAAUCGAAUUCAUUUGUAGUCAGUCCAUUGCAGCUUUUCGUGAAAAAUCAAUUUCCACAUGUCUAAAGAUGCUACGCUGGUGGAUGAAAAAAUUUUACAGCCAAUAUAUCGAAUUAUAGGCUCUGAACGGUCGAUUUUGAUAUCCAACUAAGUGGAAAAAUGUCAUUGUGAAAUGAAAAAUGCAUAGCAUAUGUCGUAUAACUUUUAUCUAUAUUACAAUUUAUUUGGUUUCUAUUUAUUACCUAAGAAUCAAGACGAAAAAAGGUACGGUUUUCGUUUGUUCUUCGAAAGAAAUCCGUUAUAGAAAUCACGAGCUGACAUGGGCGGUCGACCAGGACAGCCUAUGUUACUAACCGAAAUUUUGGUGUUCCCUCGACAAUAUACCACUAAUUUAUUCAGCUCUUUGUUGAAUGUCAGUAGACCUAUAAUUAAAAAUAAUUUAUUAUUGGUUUACUGAAAUCACAUUAAAGCCUAUGAUAUCUUUAAUAGAGAUGUAUGAAGACUUAUGCAUAGCAGAUCCAUCACAAUUAAGUACAAUGUAUCGCAAUACACUUGACACUAUGUCAAAAUGUAUUCAAAUUCUUGAUCGUUAGACACUACAAAUAAACUAGCAAAUUAUUGUUAAUUGACUUCAAGUACCUGGCACUAUGUCAGACACUUGUUGUCCUGGAAGUGGGUCUUUAAGUACCUGAACAUCCAAGAGUUUCAGUGUUGCACCCAAAAACGUUGUUGUCAGGGGAUAUAAUUCACACAAGGCGCGUUGCAAAUCAUAAACAUUCUUAGCAGUCAUUUCAUUCCACUUUACUAAAGAUAACUUCGGAGUUACUUUGGGUGCUGCAAUAUAAAUGGCACUACAGUCAGAGACUAAAUAAAUUAGAGUCUUCAACAGUCGGUUGGAUACCGGCAUUGCUGUACCAUUUCUUAGUGCUAAUAAUAUAAUUAGGUCAUUGUACAUCUCUUUGUCAGAUGGUGUGAAACACUUACCAUAAGUUAUUCCUUCGUUACUUUGUGGUUCAGCAUGAUCUAAAAUAUCUGGCAAUCUUUUCAAAGUGUCUAUCAGAAGGUCUGCACCAAGCCUUGACAUUCUGUCUCGUAACUCUGGCAUUGUUUCAUCAGGAUGAACAUUUAAUUUUUGUUGAGCCACCACUUCUCCAAUGUCAAAUCUAAAAUCGAUAUCUUCAAAGUUUUCAUGCAGGGAUUUGCAUUUUGUUAAGUAGAUGUAAUGGGCAGUGUUUUGUUUUUAAUGGGUAUAUAGCUGAAAACAUGUUAUUUUUGAUUGAAAACUGACUUCUGAGUUUCACCCUUACAAAAGCUACUUGUUUGAUUCAUCGACUAAUUGAACUUGGCCAUAGUUUUCAAUACUUCAUAUGUACUCACUUUUUUGGCAUCACUUUCAUAAUGCUAAUACCUGUUUCACUGUCUCCGUUCAACAGUGCAUAUAUUAUUGGUGCAGCACCUCUCCAUCUAGGCAACAAACUACCGUGGACGUUUAACA